AUGUUGUCAUGCAUUGUUAAUAUUCAACCUAAAGAUGCUGGUAGUGGUGGAGGAGAAACUCGUGAGUCUGUUGUUUAUAAGUUAGCUGAUGAUAUGUUGGAGAAACUUCCCGGAGAUUACAUUCCUCAUGAGGUUAAAGAUCGACUGAAGAAAAUGGGUCUGCUUCAACCUAUCAAUAUUUUCUUAAGACAAGAAAUAGACAGAAUGCAGAAAGUACUUACAUUAGUACGUAGUACAUUAAAGGAUUUAAAACUAGCUAUUGAUGGUACCAUUAUUAUGAGUGAAAAUCUUCGUGAUGCUUUAGAUAACAUGUAUGAUGCCAGAGUACCGAGUAACUGGAAAAAGAUAUCCUGGGAAUCAGCCACUCUUGGAUUCUGGUUCACUGAUUUACUGGAUCGUAAUGUUCAGUUCCAUUUGUUUGAAGGUCGACCAAACUGUUUCUGGAUGACUGGAUUCUUUAAUCCACAGACAAGAAAUUACCAGAGCACAAAAAGUUGGGCUUUAGAUCUAGUAGUCUUAGAAAAUGAUUUAACUAAAAUGGUGAAAGGAUAUCACAGCUGCUCCAUCAGAAGGUGUGUGUUUAUCCAUGGUUUACAUCUAGAUGGUGCAGGAUGGGACAGACGUAAUGUACGACUGAUUGAACCAUCACCUAAAGUACUAUACACUCUACUACCAGUAGUACAUGUAUUUGCUACCAACCAAGAUAAACCUAAGAGUUCAUCACAAUAUGAAUGUCCAGUUUACAAGAAACCAAGAAGAACAGAUUUAACUUAUAUCUUCCCAUUGAUGUUAAAGACCAACAAGAACCCUGAUCAUUGGAUCCUCCGAGGUGUCGCUCUUCUCUGUGACACAAAAUAA